CACAACUCACGUACAACUGUGACUGAAACAUGGCCUCCAAGCAGCAGCAGCAGAAGAAGAAGGAGCUUCAUAUAGUUAUGUUUCCAUGGCUUGCUUUUGGGCAUAUCACCCCAUUCCUGGAGCUCUCCAAGUCCAUAGCAGCAAAGGGUCACAGAAUCUCCUUCAUUUCCACUCCUCGAAACAUAGAUCGCCUUCCUCUCCUCCCACCCGACCUCGAAUCCUCCAUAACCAUGGUCAAGAUCCCGCUUCCUCGCGUCGAUGGGCUGUCGUCGCCGAACGCGGAGGCCACGAUGGACAUUCAACCGGAGGAGAUGCCUUACCUCAAAGAAGCCAUGGAUGGCAUGGAAACAGAGGUGACUCGUUUCUUGGAGAGAACCUCCCCUGAUUGGAUCAUCUUCGAUGUCGCCCAGCACUGGCUCCCGCCUGUUGCGGCCAGGCUCGGGAUUUCUCGGUGUUUCUUCAUUACCACCAGCCCCUGGUUCACCGCUUUCUUCUCUGACGAAUUCAUGAUGAGUAUCUCCUCACCGCCAAAGAUUGAAGACUUCUUAGCCCGCCCAAAGUCCAUUACCUUUGAGACAAAGGCUCGAUUCCGCCGGUACGAGGCAAAAUGGAUUCUCAGCUCGCCACCGAAGGUGUCUGCUAAAACAGAUAUGGACAGGCUUAUUGCUGUGAAGACAGGUUCAGACCUACUCAUCUCCCGACACAACAACGGAUUGGAACGAAAAUGGGUUAAUGUGUUGGAGACGACUAACCGUGACCGGCCGGUGCUUCCGACAGGAUUAAUGCCGCCAACGGUUCAUCUUACUGAUGAUCUUGACAAAAACAAAGACUGGAUUUCCAUUAAAAAGUGGUUGGAUGGACGCAAAAAACGCUCCGUGAUCUACGUGGCACUCGGGACCGAGUUGGUUGUCGGACCCGAUCAAAUUGGUGAGUUGGCUCGUGGGUUGGAACAGAGCGGAAUUCCAUUCUUUUGGACUCUGAGGACUCCACGAGGGAACCACACAUCCUUGGGCUUGCCGGAUGGGUUCGAAGAGAGAGUCGAAGGACGAGGAGUAGUGUGGAAGACAUGGGCACCUCAGAAGGGCAUACUGAGUCACGUCUCUGUCGGCGGGUUUUUGACUCAUUGUGGUUGGAGUUCUAUCAUCGAGGGAAUCACCUUUGGUCACCCACUAGUCAUGCUUCCCUUCUUGUUUGACCAAGGUAUUACUGCUCGUGUUAUGGAGGACAACCAGGUCGGCAUUGAAGUUCCGAGAGAUGAAGAAGACGGGGCGUUCACAAGUAACUCGGUGGCUAACUCUGUAAGGUUUGUGAUGCUUGAGAGUGAGGAGCGGAAGAAAGUACGAGAGAAUGCCCGAAGGAUGAGUUUGAUCUUUGGAGAUACAAAGUCAAAUGACAAAUGCAUUGAAGAUCUAAUUGACUUUAUGGCAAAUCAUACUAUGAACAAGAAUACAAAUCAUGCAAUGUUCUUUGAUUUGGUAAUGCUAUGUGUACUACUUAUUAUAAUAAUUAUUAGUCUUCAUAUAUAUUAAGUAACUUACCAACAUGUAUUGUUACCCCAAUGAUCGUCUUCAUAUAC